AUUUGCACCGAAUAAAAUUUAUUUGAACCAAAGAAAAUUUAUUUGAACCAAAAAAUUAUUGCACCGAAAAUAUUUGCAUCCAAUAAAAUUUAUUUUAAUCAAAGAAAAUUUAUUUCGUACCAAACAAAAAGUACAGUAGUCCCUGAGACAAAUAAACCUUUUUUCUCAGUGUAACUAUAACUGAUUCAAACAUAUUGUCCACCCAGUGUAUAAAAUUAACACAUAUAUUUGUAUAAUAUCCACGAAAAAAGAGUUCUAAUCUUUUAUUCAUAAUUCUUUAUGGAUCAUUUUUUAAAAGUAUUUGCCAUUUUAUUUGCAUUUUUUUUUCUUUUUUGCCUGAACGUGUCGUCAUAUGUUAUGCGGUCAAAGUGAGAAAACGGUUGGAAAAGGACAUGAAGGACAAAAGAGGAUGAAAAGAUUUUAUCUGCGGUGUAGAGCUUUGUUUGAGAAACCGUUUCGUCGAGGGAGAAAGAAGGAAACGUUAUGGCUGCAAUUCUGUCAGAUAAAGGCUAGCGCGCCCGUAUAUACCUUGGGCAAGCUUUAAUGCGACUUGAGCAAAAUAUAACUAAUGCACUGCGAAUGAAAUAUGGAAAGUGAAUUAUUAAAAUCCAUCUCAGGAUAUUGCAAAAAUGAAUUCUCUAAUCUAAAAACCAAAAAACCGUAAGCAGGAUGUCGAGAAAGAUGCUAAACUCACAAUCUGAAAUUGCGCGAUAAUGUGGAAGUCGUUACCACGAACUAAACGAAAGUGGCGGGAUCCUCCGUCAGGUAGAGGAUGGGAACGAAACCGCCAUCAUCGGACAAGUGCUUUUAUACUCUACUUGGCAUUUCUGGCUGUCUGCAUAACGAUUCAGGAAACUCAGAGUGCUGAAUGCCCUCCUUCCGAUUCACUGGCAGGGUGUCCUUGCUACAAUUUUCAGGAUGGACUGUUUCUCGAGUGUGCUGGUUCGACAGAGGAAUCUUUGAGAACAGCAUUAUCAGGAGUACUUCAUACUGGAAAACCGGAGGGUGCCUUAAUUCAAUCAUUAAGUGUCUACGAGGUGGAUCGAAAAAUGCAAGAACUGAGAGCAUCCGUUUUCCCCAUGGGCUCACAAAUUCGACAUCUACAAAUUUCCCAAUCAAACAUUCGCGAAAUAACCCAGGACGCAUUUCAAAGAUUAGAAUUCUGUUUGGAAUCCCUAGCCAUAGUUUCGAGUAAACUUCCAAACGUUCCACAACAAGCACUCGCUCCACUUGUUCGAUUAACGACUCUCGAUCUCGAGGCAAAUCUCAUUCACGAUCUAACGAGUUACAUAUUCUUUGGCCUCUCCCUAAUAAAACUCAAUCUAAAGGGUAAUCAAAUAACAAAAAUCUCCGAAUAUGCAUUCGCCGGACUCGAGGAUACACUAAAAGAUCUCGAUCUCACGGAGAAUAAAAUUAAAAUAUUCCCCAUGACAGCAUUAAGACGCUUGGAGCAUUUAAUAUCCUUAAGACUCGCGUGGAACGAAAUAUCAAAAUUACCCGAGGACGGCUACUCAAGAUUGGAUAGGCUCAAUUUCUUAGAUUUAAGUAGUAACAAUUUCCAAAUAAUUCCACUAAAUUGCUUUCGAUGUUGUCCCUCUCUAAAGACACUGUCAUUGUACUACAAUGCCGUCGAGUCUGUCGAUAAGGAUGCAUUCAUAUCGCUGAAGGAUCUCGAGUCAAUAGAUCUAAGUCACAACAAAGUUGUAUUUCUAGACAUAGCGACAUUUCGUGCCAAUCAAAAAUUGAGAUCCAUCGAUCUCAGUCACAAUCACAUUCACUAUAUUCGAGGAGUGUUUUCCAGACUUCCGGAACUUAAGGAACUAUUUCUGGCGGAGAAUAAUAUUUUGGAAAUACCAGCCGAAACAUUCUCGGGUAGUUCCAGUUUAUCUGUAAUAUACCUUCAACAGAACGCUAUUCGAAGAAUCGACGCCAAGGGUCUUGUGACACUGGACCACUUGGCCCAAUUACAUCUCAGUGGGAACUUCAUAGAAAAAGUCCCACGCGAUUUUCUCCAACACUGCGAAAACUUAUCCACACUCUCCCUCGAUGGGAACAACAUAAGAGAACUAGAAGUGGGCACUUUCGCGAAAGCGAAUCACCUCAAGGAAUUGCGUCUACAGGACAAUCAGAUAACAGAAGUGAGGAGGGACGUCUUCGCUCCACUGCCUCGUCUCCUAGAGUUACAUCUUCAGAACAAUGCGAUAACAGACAUGGAAACAGGAGCCCUCCGCUCUCUCCACAGUCUCCAACACGUGAAUCUUCAAGGAAACCUCCUCGCCGUCCUAGGCGACGUCUUUCAAAUCUCCAACGAAGUCGGUCAAAACGGUAACGGCGGUGGCAGUUCCCUCGUCUCAAUUCAACUCGACAACAACGGUCUCGGUGUAUUGCACAACGACUCCCUCCGUGGUCAGGCAUCAGUGCGCAUAAUGUGGCUGGGACACAACAGACUAACUCGUCUCCAAGCGCCAUUGUUCCGAGAUCUCCUUUUAGUGGAACGUCUCUACCUCACCAACAAUUCAAUAUCCCGCAUUGAGGACAACGCCUUUCUGCCAAUGCAAGCCCUCAAAUUCCUCGAUCUCAGCAUGAAUCGUCUAAGUCACGUAACCGUAAAGACAUUCUCCGAACUUCACGAACUCGAGGAAUUGUACCUAGGCGACAAUGGCCUCCGUCGAAUGGACGCCUACGCCCUCACAGCUCUAAAGCGUCUCCGAGUUCUCGAUCUCUCCAACAAUCAUCUCAAUGUCCUCCACGACAGCAUCUUUCAAGAAGGCCUCCCAAUCCGUACCCUAAGUCUCAAAAACUCCUCCGUCAACAUCAUCGACAGGGGGACAUUCCGCGGACUAAACAAUCUCUACGAACUGAAUCUAGAACACAAUCACCUCACCGCCACCGCUUUGGACCGUCUCGACAUCCCCGGUCUUCGCAUUCUCCGAAUCUCCCACAACAAUUUCAGUCAGAUCGACAAUUUUUCCCUCGACGGUCUCCCCUCCCUCCAGCACCUAGCAAUGGACUCCUGUCAACUCUACCGCAUCCCUCCCGAACUGUUCACCAAAAACAAAAAUCUAGGCAAACUCCUCCUAAGCAACAAUCUCCUAAAGACCCUCCCGGGUUUUUUAUUCCUAGGACUCGACUCCCUCAAGGAAGUCAAACUAGACGGCAACUCCCUCGAGGACAUACCCUACGAAGUCUUUAUCAACGCAUCAAAAAUCGAAUACCUCUCCCUAUCCUACAACGUCAUUGAACAUGUCGACAUGUCCCGUCUACACGGUCUCACCAACCUCCGCGAACUCGAUCUCCGAGAUAACUACAUAAAGUCCCUAUCAGGUUUCGCCUCGGUCCAUCUUUCAAAACUCCUCUCCGUCGACCUGAGCCACAAUCUUUUGACCGCCCUCCCGGCGAAUUUCUUCAUUCAUUCAAAUCUUCUACGUAAAGUUGAAUUAGCUGCAAACAAAUUUCGUCAGAUACCAGCAACGGCUCUAUCGGCCCAAAACAUACCAAGUUUAGGAUGGUUGAAUGUAACCGCAAAUCCUUUAGCAAGAAUUCACGAAAUCAGUUCAGAAGCAAGGUAUCCUGCUUUACAAGAGGUUCACAUUUGUGGCACUAAUUUAACUAUAGUAACUAGUCAAGACUUUGAAGCUUUUCCCGCUCUGAUGCACCUCUUUAUGGGCAACAACAUGAUUUCGAGGGUCUCACCGAGUGCCUUUCGUAGCUUGCCAAAUUUGUUAACUCUAGACCUGAGUGUCAAUGAGUUGGAAUCGCUACCACAAGAGAGAUUAAAGGGACUGGAGCACUUGAGACUGUUGAAUUUAACGCACAAUCGCUUAAAGGAGUUGGAGGAAUUCCCAGUGGAUUUAAAGGGACUUCAGGUAUUAGAUUUAUCUCAUAAUCAAAUUAAUGAAGUUAGAAGAACGACAUUUCAACAUUUAGAAAAUUUAGUUGAACUUCAUUUAUAUGGGAAUUUAAUAUCAAAAAUAUCGUCCGAUGCAUUUCGAUUAUUAAAGAAACUCAGGAUUUUGGAUUUAAGUAAAAAUUACUUGGAGAAUUUACCGCUUAAUGCAUUUCGACCAUUGGAAACGCAAAUACGAAGUCUAAGAGCUGAAGAAAAUCCUCUUCACUGUAGUUGUGAAUCUCAAGAGCUUUGGGAGUGGCUGCGAGACCAUAAAAAACUAGUUGGCGGUGGCGUUGGACGUAAUAGGGGCAACGGUGUUGGUGUGAACGACGUUGAAAGUGGACUUUUGAGGUGUGAACAACCACCAGAAUUGAGAGGUCUCGUUUUCCUAGACCUUGAUCCUCACACCUUCUGUUCUGCCCCCUUGGUCCUUAAACUUGCCAUUCAGGACAUACAACCAUUCUCAGUGCUUGUAUCCUGGCAAAGCAGAAAUCACUCCGGUCUCCAUGGGUACCAGGUUGCUUAUCAUGCUCUGGACAACGUUGAGGAGGUGAGAGGCAAGAUGCUCGAUCCAAGUGCUCGUUCGGUAAAACUUUCGAAACUCACAUCAAGUACGAGGUACUUAAUUUGUGUUGUGGGUCUUGGCAAUUGGUUGCCAGAUGGAAAGGAGAAAAAUAAUGUUAUUGGUCAAUUUAAUGAAAGUAGAGAGGAAAUUUUCGAGACAACAUCUAUUCCAGAAAUGGUUGACUCAUUAACGAGUCGAUGCAGUGAAGUGACAACAUUAGAAGCACCUGACGCCGUUGCAAGUAGUGAUGAAUCAUCGUUAAGCGAUACAGAGAACGUUAACAAUAUAUUAACAAGACGAUUGGGUCUUAUUAUUGGUUGUUGUAUGGGUUUUGCAUUUCUUGUACUACUCGUCUCUGUGCUCGGUUAUCUCAAGAUAAAAAAGCAACGUGAAACUGUUAAAAGGGAAAUGCAACCAAUACCGCCCGAGUAUAUUUCCUAUCGACACUUUAGCAUUCAGAGUGGUGAGGCUGGGCACUCUGCCAGGGUAACGGCCACAAAUCAAGACGGUCAACAUUCCACCUUCAUGAACAAUGUUGGUAACUCAACAUUGAACGUCUAGAAAAUUGUUCUUUAUAUACUAUCUCGAGUGUUCAUAUAAUAGUGCUCCGCCCAAAAUAAAAAGACAUGUGAAGAAAAAGAGAAAGAGAGAGAGAGAGAGAAAAAGAAACUAUUUCAAAACACUAUUAAAUCAGUUUAUUAGGAAGAAAUUUCACUGCCAGAUGGUCGACCAAUUGCCAACUCGCAGCUUGUACAUGGUAGAUUCCAUUUCAGAAAAUUUACAACAUUAAUAAAAAAAAAAUUAAAAUGAUUCAAACGUUUUUUUUCUCUCGUUUAUAUCGAGAGUUGAGUGUAUUUCAAAAAUUGCAAUUGUCAAAUCAUUUCGUAUUUUAUACAAAAAAUAACUGCAAAUCUAAACAUUCGUUUUUAUGUGUCAUUAAUUUUUAAAAGUGCGUUGCUUUGCGCGAACAACGGAAAUUUAAUUUUACAAAAUUACAAAGAUCAACAAUACUUUUUCUC